AUGUCGGCGUCGGAUCCGUCAUCGAACUGCCUGGAGUACGCCUUGCGAGUGGCUUGCCUCCAGGACGCUAUUGAGGAGCGCCGCCGGAUAGCAGCAGCAGCCCCACCUGAACCUUCGGCUCCCUCGGCUCCAGGCCACCGUCCACAAGAGUCAGUCUCCGUCUUCAACCUCGACUUUGGAUCCCUCAUUGGCCGCGAUGGACCGAAGUCAACACGUUACCCCGAGAAGUUUAUCAAAGUAUUGGACGGAUCCCUCCAGCGCAUUGCCAUGGGACAAGAUGCCAAGUACACCGAACAACGUUUUCGACGUUCCAUUGCUCUGUUUUGGUCAUCGAGCUGGGCGGACAAGACUUUUCAGAGGCAACUGAAGGAAUCCCGCAAACUGGAGGAGCUCAUCCUGGCAUUCGUAUCGGCUUCGACUCGCGCCUUGAAGAAGGAGGCGGACUUGGCCGACGGCGGCUGGAAGAUUGAGCUCAACGCACAGAUCCUGGUGUUUCUGGACCUCCUGAGCGACAACCUAGCGUCAGUUGGCUCGUCUGCGUCCGAGCUUCGCAGCCGACUGGCAUCAUAUCGUACUCGCCUACAGUCGGAUCACCGUCAGAGUACAACCGCGAGUACCUCGGCCCAGCCGUCAGAAGAGCCUGCCACCCGCCCAAGUGGCUCCAAUCAAACGCACGCGGCGCCUUCGGUGUUGGCUGAAGCUGUCCGUCAUCUCCUUCACCUCGAUGCCAAGGCGUUUGCCGACCGUCGCGAUACCUUGCGUGCCACUUGCACUUUGGAUGCGGCUCUUGAUGAUCUGAAGGUGCUUCUACAACGUCUCAACACAUCACACCCUAUUCCAUAUGGCCCAUCCGAUUUUGGCAACGAGGAGCAGUGGGCCUCGUACCGCGCUGCAGAACUUAAAUCUCUGUCAGACAUGACGUUGGAUCUCCUCAAGGUCGACCCAAAACGUGAACGCGACCGCUCCGACCAUUCCCAUGCCGAUUUGUCCAUUGACGGCCUUUCUUUGGAAACCCGCAAUUUGACGUUCGUUCCCGUCGAUCCCCGUGAGGCGUACCGCCAACUCUUGCGCGCCUGCUUGAAUGACGAUCUACAACUCCUCCGGUCGUUGCCCGAAGAUCAGGACGUGUCUCUGGGCAUUCUAUCUGCUCCUCACGCGGCUCUUCUUGCGGAGUGCGCUCUGCGCUGGAGGCUUCCGCUUUCCUUCCGAUCCUGGGUGUUCCUGGAAGCUAUCCAAGAACACUAUGAGCAAGGCGAAGUGCCUCCUGAUUGUGUGUUUGAAGCGGUCGCAAAUGUAGGCCGCGCAUCGCAAGACCUGCCCGUUUCGGACUGGGCUACCGUCGACCAACAGAGCCUGCAGGCUGCUCUUCUUCGUCGUGACGUCUUCUUCCUCAACGACAUUGAAGAAUGUCUCGAGUCGGCAGGGUACUUGUCACUGGACUUUCGCCAGGCUGUCGUUCAGUGGAACAACCUCAAUGUUGACAAUGACGAGCAUACAGCACUGCAGCGGACCCAACGAGCAAUUUGUGAUCGGUUGCGCCAACAAGCAUACUCAAACUACAUCGACGAGGCUAGUGAGCGCUACUCGCUUGAGGGCGGCAAGAACCGACGAUUCGCUUUGGGCCUGGCAACCUGGAUCGAGUCUUGCGCUAAACGAAUGGACAAAUGGUUCAAAUUGCCAUUGACAACCCAAAUUGACAUUGUAUCCAUUGUUCUCGACCAGCAUCUCAAGCUGUGGAUUCGUGACCUCGAGGAAGCCAUGUCGACUGCAGAUGGUGGUGAUGCCGGUGGAGACCUGGAAGAGGCGUUGGCCAUGUACCAGCGUGCCCAAAAGCUCCAGCAGAUGGGUUCCGCAUUUGACGUACCAUCGUCCCAGUUCUCACUUUCCUCGAUAUUCGCUCCAGUCGUCUCAGCGUGGCUUGACGAGACGGCCACCAAGAUGCGCCAGUGGGCCGACAAUGCCUUGAAGCUGGAUGACUUUACGCCUGUCGGUCCCAACGGGCACUCGUCAUCUGUCACGGAUCUUUUCGAUUCCUUCCACAGCGCAGUGACAUUCUUGCUUGGGUUGAAUUGGGACGAUGAGGAGCAAAUGGUCACGUUCGCCACACGAUUGGCAAAGAUCAUUAGUUUGUCAAUUGACGACUACUGCACCAAACUGGAACGCCUGUUCGUUGAAGAGAUGCAGCAAUCCGAGUCGCACCAGUCUUCGGCAAAGCAAAAAGCAUGGAUUGAGAAGGCAAAGAGUACCAUUGCGCACCUCCAGGGCGACAGGAAGAUUCAAGCCUUCUUCAACUUCACUGCAGCUUCCUGCGUGAAAUUGAACAACAUCGACGCAGCUCGCCAUAACCUGGACAAACUCUAUCUAGAACUUGGCGUUGAUGAGCUGGCCAACCUUGAUGCCAACGCUCCGGUGGCGAAGCCAGUCGACCAGGCGUCACUGUUCACGAUCAAGAUUGUUUUGGGUGAUGGACUGCUCGUGGAGGGAAGCGCCCGUGCUCCCGACUCAUUUGUCGUUCUUUCCGAUGAGCAUGGUAACCGGUAUGCGAAAACCAGAACGAUCUAUGACGAUCACGAUCCCCGCUGGGACGAAACGUUCGACAUUGCUGUCCGCCACACUGCUUGGUUCAUGGUCACGGUGCGCCAUCGAAGCCUGACAGGCAAGCACGAGUUACUCGGUCGAGCCUACCUUCGCCUCGACCCAUCCCAAUAUGUCGACCUGAUUAGCAAGGACGUUCUGCUGCCACUCAACACAAAGGGACACGUGUUACUACGCAUUAGUAUGGAAGGCGAGCGCGACGAUCUCCAGUUCCACUUUGGUCGCGCUUUCCGUUGGCUAAAGCGCACCGAGUCGGACAUGGUGCGGACUUUUGUGGACAAGAUGACUCCGGUCCUCCGACAUACUCUGUCACGAAGUGCCAUCAAAUCAGUCUUGAAGCCGAAUUCUGGGGGCGGCAUUGGUGCCGGCAUUGAUUAUAACGACGCACUCCGCAUUUCGAACGACGCCAUCGGCCGUAUCUCUGCUGCGUAUCGGAGUGCCGUUGGCUCGUCACAAAAUGACUAUUCCAUUCCACUGCCACCAUCCGAGGUCCCGACAGCUGCUCCAAAGGCGUCACAGCCUCUCAGGCGCGGCCCCACUGAUGCCGAGAUCGAAGCCGCCAUCCACCCUCUCUUCGACUAUCUUGAUACCAACAACCACACACUGGCCUCGACCCUGUCACCUGACGCCAUGCAAAUGGUGAUGGCCAAGCUAUGGAAGCAGAUCUUGACCACCAUCGAGGCCCUUAUCGUCCCCCCCCUCAGCGACAAACCGAGCGACAUGGGUGCCUUAUCGGACAGCGAGCUAGAUGUGGCGCUCCGCUGGCUCAAGUUUUUGCGCGACUUCUUCUACGCUGGCGGCGACGACAGUGGAGUGCCUCUGAACACACUUCAAAACGCCAAGUUCAACGAGAUCAUGAGCGUCAGGAUUUAUUAUGACUGGAACACGGAUGACCUUAUGGAGGAAUGUAUCCGAGGCUUCCAGAACACGUUGAAGAACAAGGCAAUGAAGCCCAGCAAGUCUAUUAUCGGUCAACGUAAUCUCGGCACUAUCCGGGCGAGAAAGACUGCGAAGCGUUCGAUACCGCAGGGCGGUAACCACGCAGAGAUGGUGAUGAAAAUUCUGCGAAUGAGGGAAGGAACACAGGAAUUCCUGGCUCAGCAAAUCCAGACCCUCAACGCAGUGAAGCUGGAGGAUGGUCGGGGCAAGAGGAGAGGGCUCAAGUAA